ACACUUCAGAGAAGCGGUGGGUUUGUGGUCUCCAGUUCCGUUGCAGACUGGAAAGCCAGCCCUGCCGUCAUGUUGUUUCACACAUGUCUGUCUAAGUUCAUCCAACAGCUCCUCCCUCUCGGUGAAGCUCAAAGUCGAAAAAACCACUUUUGUUCCCCUUGUCUCCUUGAGACCACCCUCACCUCACUACGCCAGCUUUAUUUCUACCUAUAAAAAGGCCAGGCAGUGAUAUUCGUGCUCACAGUCAGUUUUCUCAAGUGCAGCGUGAAUAGGCAAGACGAUGGAUUAACCGUCAGCUUGCAUCCAUCACCGAGACGAGACAUGUCUCUGUUGAAUAUUUGCGUCCAAGCCGGACUCAUGCUGUCCCUCCUUCAGCGUUCGUAUCAGUCGUGCACAGACGGGAUACCCAAACAGUGCAUGGAGGCAGAAAUAGCUCCGGGUACCAACAUGGCCGGGGAAGGCUUUGAUAUCACCAAAAUGGAGCGUAAGGGCUCCUUUGUGCUCAACAUGAGCAAGUGGAAACGCAAGGAUAAAACAUGCACCCUGUGCACAAACCCCUACUUAGAGAACAUAAAGCAAAAGCUCCCGUUGUCGGUGGUGAACUGGAGAGCAAAGCAGUCCUGCAGCAUGAAGGUGGCCACCUCGCUCCACCAAUCCAGCGAGUCUCUGGUCAGCUCCAUCACCUCUUCUGUGGAGAACAACUGGAAGGUCAAUCUAAAUUGUGAUAUGGGAGCGAAAAGCGCCUCAGUGAUGCUCGUUGGUACCCAUUCUAAACUGGCUGAAUACUCCAUGGAAAAAACCAAGAAGGACAAGUUCAGCUUCGCGAGCCACAGCUUUUCCUGUGAGUUCUACAGCUACGGAGUGUCCAGCAAUCCUGGACUGCACGGAGAAUUUAAAAAAGCAUUGAAAAAACUACCGAAGACAUACAGCCCUGAAAGUAAGCAGAGGUAUUACAAACUGAUCGAUAACUUUGGCACCCAUUACAUCACCAAGGUGAAGAUGGGAGGAAGUGUUCAAUCUGUGACCAGCAUCAGGCAGUGCCAGGCCAGCCUGAAUGGAAUCAGCUCGGAGGAGGCGCAGAUGUGCCUGGAGGCCGAGGCGUCCGCCAGUUUCAAAGUUCAACUCAAAACUGAAACAAAACACUGCCAGAAGGACAUCCACAAGAGAGAAAGUAAGGCGUCCUUCUCAAGCAUCUUCAACGACAGGUUCACAGAAACAAAAGGGGGUCAUACCCAGGACCCGGACCUUCUCUUCUCUUCUGAAAAAAACCCAUCAGCCUACAAAGAAUGGCUGAACACCCUGCCACAGAAUCCAGACAUAGUGUCCUAUUCCCUGGACUCGCUUCACGAGCUACUACCCACUGACACCCCUGUCCGUAAGAACCUGCGCUCCGCCAUUAGCCAUUACAUCCUGGAGAAAGGCCUGUGGAAGAACUGCAGCAGCAGCUGCCGGUCCGGCAUCAAGAGCGAUCCGAGGGACACCUGCGUCUGCCAAUGCCACAACGACCCCGCCGUGAACACGGACUGCUGCCCGACCCGUAAGGGCAUGGCGCGGGUCAUCAUCACGGUGCAGCGGGCCGCCGGCCUGUGGGGAGACCACUGCACGGCCACCGACGGCUACGUGAAGGUGUUCUUCAACCGCAUCAUGGUCCAACGUUCGCCGGUCAUUCAAAACAACAACUACCCGCACUGGGCCACGGUGGUCGACCUAGGCACCCAGGACGUGUCCUCCGGGAAAACGGUGAGAUUCGAAGUGUGGGAUCAGGACAACACGUGGGACGACGACCUGCUGGGAGCGUGUGACCAAGUCCUCAAGGCCGGGGUCAAGGAGGAUCUCUGCAACCUGCAGCACGGCCAGCUCUUCUACAAGUUUGAUGUGAAAUGUGCUCCGAGUCUGAGCGGAGACACAUGCGUGGACUACAAGGCUUCGCCCAUGACUCAAAGUCUGGAGAGCAUGUACGUGUCCCGUCAUGCGCAUCCUAUCCCAAAGGCCAUGCUGCGGGAGAUGGGCGUGUUUGUGGAUGAAACGAGCUCUCUGACAAACCAGAGUCUCGCUCCUGAGAUGUCAAAGUUUAAUUAGAUGAUGUUUUCAGAGCCACGCCGCUCUUUGCAUUAGAUCAAUCUAUAAAGGUCAUUACAUCCCGUGUUGUUUCGCUGAUGAUCGCAAAAAGUGAGACGUGUGUCUUUUGGGGAAGAACGUUUCAUGUUGUGAAAAAGUUGACCGCAACACAAUCAUGUAAAAUGCUCAGUUUUUUAUUCAAUUUAAUUAACAAGUCUGCUUUGGUUUGUGUGUGCACAUGUUUGACAGAAGAGCAGUCUGCAUGAAGUCUCUAAGGAAUCAAGAGCAGCAAAAGAUCCAGAUGACUGAACAGUACUGCUAAAAUGUUAAGAUAUUCAUGCACCGACCCAGGUUUCACUUGUGAACAUAUUCAUGUUUUUUUUUCUAUAUCAUGCCUAACAUACUUGCAGAUUGUACGCAUCUUUCAUUUUACACAUUUUUUUCAUGCAUAAAAACUAAUAAUAGUAUACAUAGUAAUAAAGUACAUUUUAAUCCUAUUAUUGUUUUUUUGAUGUUUAACCAUAAUAAAAGCAUAAUAUCUCAAGUGUUUGUACUCUUUUGUGUUUGAUGUGACAUCCGUUUUGGUUUAGAUUUGAGUG